GUCACAAAUGAUCUCAGUUCGCCUUUUACUCUUCCAAAGCUAACACUAAAACAGGAAGACCCAGCAUCAUUAAUCAGUGUAUUAUCAUUAAUGAAUUAUUUAAUCAAGUUAUAAUCCCAAUUUUCAACACAGUUAUUGGAUACAAAUUUUCUAUAAAAUUUUUAAACCCACAAACUUUUUCUUUAUUUAGCCUACGUUCCCUUCUUGUUCGUUCUUCUCUUCUUCUUAAUUCCACAAAACCCUUUUCAAGUCACUCCAUUUUAUGAUCUGGGUCGGCCUUUGAUCCAUUGAAAACUUCAAUUUUCGAAUCAAGUUUUCAUUUUUGUUUUUAUGUUGGGUCUGUUUCAUGGCUGAAUUUCGUUGACCCAGUUAAAUUACAGCCGACUCGGUUAAAAUUAUAUUUAUUUUGUUUUAAUACUCAAAAAGCCCCUUUAAAUUCAUUCAAUAUUCUCUUUUGAGUAUCUAUAAUUUUGUGCUUUUAUUGAUUUGGUGGCUCAAUUCUGGUGAAGAGAAAUAUGGGACUCACAAAUCCAGGGCCCGAGUUACUGAGUCGACUGGUUAACUCAGUAAAGGAGGUUUCCGAGUUACCCGAGUGCACAAACAUGUUCAAGAAAAUGCAUGGGAAUUUGGUGCGUAGAAUCAAGCUGUUGAGUCCUUUAUUUGAGGAAUUAAGUGAUAGCAAUAAAGAGCUUGGUGAAGAAGAGAUAAAAGGCUUGGAACUGUUGAGUGUUGCUCUGGAUUCGUCUGUUCAGCUUCUCAAAUCGAUCUAUGAAGGGAGCAAGAUAUAUCAGUGCUUGCAAAGGGACAAGAUUUCAGCACAAUUUCAGGAAAUGACUGAACAAAUUGAAGCAGCAUUAAGCGAGAUCCCUUAUGAUAGAUUUGAUUUAUUGGAGGAAGUUCAAGAACAGAUUGAACUUGUGCACAUUCAAUUCAAAAGAGCGAAAGGAAGACCUGACUCACCUGAUGUACAACUGGAACUUGAUUUAGAAAUAGCACAGAAAGAAAAAGACCCCGAUCAUACAGUGCUAAAAGGACUUUCAGAAAAGCUGCAACUUAGAACUAUCAAUGAUUUAAAAAAAGAGUCCCUUGCUUUCCAUGAAUUGGUCAUUUCAAGUGGUGGAGAUCUUGGAGAAUAUCUAGAGGAUGUAUCAACCCUGCUUAAGAAGCUAAAGGAUCUUGCUUUGAGUGAAAACCCAGAACUUGGCAUCUCUGAUGGUGAGAAGGGCUUGAUUAAACACAGAUCCCCUGUUAUCCCGGAUGAUUUUCGUUGUCCAAUUUCUCUUGAAUUGAUGAAAGAUCCCGUGAUCGUCUCAACUGGACAGACAUAUGAAAGAUCCUGCAUUCAGAAGUGGUUGGACGCGGGGCAUAAAACCUGUCCCAAAACACAGCAGACACUGCUGCACACAGCACUAACACCUAACUAUGUUUUGAAAAGUCUGAUUGCUUUGUGGUGUGAGAGCAAUGGUGUUGAGCUUCCUAAAAAUCAAGGGACAUGCAGAAGCAAAAAACCAGGAAGCAGUGUUUCUGAAUGUGAUCGAGCUGCUAUAGUUGCCUUGUUAGAUAAAUUAGCAUGUGGAAAAUUGGAAGAGCAAAGGGCAGCUGCUGGUGAACUCAGGUUGCUGGCAAAAAGGAAUGCCGAUAAUAGAGUGUGUAUUGCCGAGGCAGGUGCCAUUCCGCUUCUUGUAGAGCUAUUAUCCUCCACAGAUCCUCGGACCCAGGAGCAUGCUGUAACAGCAUUGCUCAACCUUUCCAUAAAUGAUACUAACAAGGGAACAAUUGUAAAUGCUGGCGCAAUACCUGAUAUAGUAGAUGUGUUGAAAAAUGGCAGUAUGGAGGCCAGGGAAAACGCAGCUGCAACCCUUUUCAGUUUGUCUGUUUUAGAUGAAAACAAAGUGUCAAUUGGAGCAGCUGGGGCAAUCCCUGCUCUUAUUAAAUUACUUUGUGAAGGGACGCCAAGAGGAAAGAAGGAUGCUGCCACUGCAAUUUUUAAUCUCUCUAUCUAUCAGGGAAACAAGGCUCGGGCUGUUAGGGCUGGUAUAGUGCCACCACUGAUGAGAUAUCUAAAGGAUGCUGGAGGUGGAAUGGUGGAUGAAGCAUUGGCAAUUCUGGCGAUUCUCGCAAGCCAUCAAGAAGGGAAGACAGCAAUCGGUCUGGUUGAACCAAUUCCAGUUUUGAUUGAUGUAAUAAAAACUGGUUCCCCACGCAACAGGGAGAAUGCUUCAGCAAUAUUAUGGUCUCUAUGCACUGGUGACUUGGAACAGUUAAAAAUUGCCAGGGAGCAUGACGCAGAAGAGGCAUUGAAGGAACUGUUGGAGAGUGGCACUGAUAGAGCAAAGAGAAAAGCUGGAAGUAUACUAGAACUCCUCCAACGGUCUGAUGUUGUUACACAAAUUUCUUGAAUUCCUACAGUGCUGCCAUUGCGAUGAAAAACAAUAACUUACACAAACAUUUCAGAAAAUUGCAAAGUGAACACAGAUGUUGAGGCUGUAUAUUUCAAAUGGAGGUGUCUACAUAGGAAAGAAUUAUCCAAGCAUAUAUACAUAAAGUGCUUUUAGAUUAUACAUGGACUGCGGUUACCGAUCAGUGGACAGAGACCAGAGACUCUACUACUACCAGAAGUUUAACCAGUGGACAGAGACCGGAGACUCUACUACUACCAGAAGUUGCAAAAAGGGGCAGCACGAAUCACUCCCGAUACACAGGUUCACACAGGUUCUUUUAAAAUUUCUGCAUACAUUUGUAUAUUUUGUUUAGGUGGCUUAAGACAACUUUGGAGAAAUGAGGUAAUUCUGUAACUUCUUGAUGAUAUUAAAUGUAGAAUAUAACGGGUGUAAAUUUUUACAUUCUUGUGAUUAUGGUAGUUAAAAAAGUCAUUGUAUUUGUACCUUUGGGUUGUUCUGAUUUUAUGACAAGGAAUUUGAAAUUUAUGGUUGAAAAAGUGGGAUUUUUUGGUAGA